AUGAAUUCCAACAUUCUCUAUACAACAGGUAAUUCUCUGAAGAUCCAACCAUUCACUUUUCCUCCAGAAUCUGUAAUAAGAGAGAGGGCGAGUGCCACAUGCACGUCAUCAUUUGGAGAAAAAAUGAGUUUCAGUUGGUUGAAAAACGGGAAGAGAUUAACCAAGGGAAAAAAUAUAGACAUCAGGUCCUUCCCAGAUCUCUCAGCUCUCGUCAUUGAUCCAUUAACUGAAGAAGAUUCCGGGAAUUACACCUGCAUCGUCACCGCACGUGGAAUGAAAACCAGCCAUACAGCAAAUCUAGAAGUCUUAGUCCCACCAUCUUGGGUACACGUGCCACGUGACGUCGAUGCCUUGAGUGGAGACACGGUUUUCCUAGAUUGUAGUGGUCAAGGAACCCCUAAACCUUUGACUACAUGGUAUAGAAAACAAGGUGACCAGACAGAGUUUAGACCUAUAAGGGUCUCGAAUCACUUAAAUGCAUUGACCAAUGGGACUCUUAUAUUAGUUUCAAUCCAAAAAACAGAUGAAGGACUUUACAAAUGCAAUGUUUCAAACAAUAUUGGAUCACCUCUUCUUAAGACAGUUGCAGUCAAAGUUAUAGGCAAUUCUCUGAAGAUUCAACCAUUUAAUUUUCCUCCGGAAUCUGUAAUCAGAGAGAGGGCAAGUGCAUUAUGCACAUCUUCAUCUGGAGAGAAAAUGAACUUCAAUUGGUUGAAAAAUGGUAAAACUCUAACCAAGGGACAAAAUGUCGACAUCAGGUCUUUCCCAGACAUCUCAACUCUCAUCAUAGACCCUCUUUUAGAUGAAGAUUCUGGAAAUUACACUUGCAUUGCCUCAGCAAGAGGAAUGACAGCAAGUCACACAGCAAAUCUAGAAGUAUUAGUACCACCCUCUUGGGUCCACGUACCCCAUGACGUAGAUGCCUUGAGUGGAAAUUCAAUAUCUCUGGACUGUGCUGGACAAGGGACUCCGAAACCAUCAACAGCCUGGUAUAGAAAACAAGGUGCAGAUUUCAUACCGAUCUCCUCAUCAUCCAACCACUCACCGAACGGAAGUCUUUUGCUAAUUUCGAUUGAGAAAUCCGAUGAAGGAUUGUACCGAUGCAACAUUUCAAACGGUAUAGGAUCUCCGCUCUUGAAAUCAAUCGCCAUUAAAGUCAUUGCAUACACGCCAUUAGUAUAUGAGUUAAGCGUUAGUGUCAUCCUAACAGCUUCCUCUUUUGCAAUGCAAUCUAUAGAAGCGUUUAGACCGGAUAAAACUAUUCUUGAUCGACAAAAAAUGUUUUCUUUUAAGUUGAGAUUGUCUACUUGGAUCCAUUUUUAUGCCUUUGUUUUCCUCUGUGGUACUAUGAUGUCUUUUCAACAAAUCGAGUCAGCCGAAAGUUCCUUGAUGAUUCCACCAUUUCUCUUCCCGCCUGAAUCAUCGGUUGUCGGAAAAAGAGGAAUAGCUGCUUGCACAUCUUCUUCGGGAGAGAAAAUGGACUUCAAGUGGUUGAAAAAUGGUCAAACUCUGACCAAAGGAAGCAACGUUGACAUCAGAACAUCUCCCGACGUUUCUACGCUCAUCAUAGAUCCUCUCACAGAAGAAGAUACAGGAAAUUAUACCUGCAUCGUCAACGCACGUGGAAUGACGGCGAGCCACACAGCAAGUCUUGAAGUGUUAAUUCCGCCAUCUUGGGUCCAUAUGCCACGUGACGUCGAUGCUUUGAUUGGAGACUCUGUUUCUUUGGAUUGUAUUGGUCAGGGCACUCCAAAACCUGUAACUACUUGGUUCAAGAAACAAGGUGAUAACGGAGAUUUUUUGAUCACAUCGAACCACUUCAAAUUUUCACCCAAUGGAAGUUUGAUAUUGAUUUCAAUUCAAAAGUCCGAUGAGGGUGUCUACAAGUGUAACAUCUCAAAUGGUAUAGGAUCUUCAUUGUUGAAGACAAUUGUAGUUAAAGUUAUUGAUUUUACAUUAACAGGUGCAAAUUCCUUGAAGAUUCAACCCUUCAUUUUUCCAUUGGAAUCAUCCAUAAUCGGUGAAAGGGUUACUGCAGUUUGCGCAUCAUCGUCUGGAGAAAAAAUGAACUUCAAGUGGUUAAAAAAUGGCACACCUCUGAUUAAGGAACGAAAUGUCGAUAUAAGAACCUAUCCCGAUAUAUCCAAUCUUGUCAUAGGUCCCCUCACUGAAGAAGAUUCUGGAAACUACACUUGCAUCGUCACCGCACGAGGAAUGACCGCUAGCCAUACAGCAACCUUAAAAGUCUUGGUUCCGCCGUUCUGGGUCCAUGUGCCACGUGACGUCGAUAGUCUGAGUGGAGAUUCAGUGUCCUUGGAUUGUGUCGGUCAAGGUAUUCCAAAACCCAUGACGACCUGGUAUAGAAAACAAGCGGCAUUGCUCUGGUGUGUUUAUUUCGGUUUAGUACACCUAGCAAAUUUACUAUACCUAGAUCCCACUUUUCAGACUAUUGUUCUCGCCAAUCUGAAAUUAUAG